AUGACCAAGUGUUUCUUAACUGCCACCGUUCUAUUGGCACUCACUGGAGCGGUAAUCGGUCAGCCAACGAGCGAGAUAGCCUCUGAUGUUCCGAUCGAGGCAUCCUCAGACGUCCCGAGCGAAGCAGCCUCAGACGUCCCGGUCGAAACAGCUUCUGAAGUCGCGGACGAGGUAGCCUCAGACAGCCCAGACGAGGCAGCCUCAGAGGCCUCGAGCGAGACGUCCUCAGAUGGAACGUGUAUCGGAUUCGACGUGUGCCCAACGGAGUUUCCACAGCCGUUCUACCCAGGCGAAUACCCCAGCACCUACGUACUGGAUUCCAACGUGACUUUCCCCGAUACGUUUGAAUGGGGUGUAGGAACUGCCGCAUAUCAGAUCGAAGGUGCGUACAAUCAAGGUGGCCGUGGAGCCUCCAUUUGGGACACCUACACAGGAGCUAAUACCGUAGGUAUGCCUGGAUCGGUGUGUAAGGAAGCUCCUUGUGCCGUUAAUAGUGCCCAGGGAAUCAAGGGAGCGACUGGAAACGUCGCCAACGACCACUACAACAAGUAUUUAGAUGAUGUGGCCACUAUGAAAGCAUUGGGUGUACCUGAGUACCGUUUCAGUAUUGCCUGGCCGCGCGUGAUUCCCACUGGAGUUUUGGGAAAUGACCGUGAAGGUUUGAAUGAAGAGGGGCUGCAGUUCUAUCACAAUCUCAUCGACGCGUUGAUCGAGGCAGAUAUCAAGCCAGUUAUCACUCUGUUUCACUGGGAUCUUCCUCAGGGAUUGCUGGAUGCCAAUUACUACGAAGAUAUUCCCAUCUGUGACCCUGCGUACAAGCAAGGAUGGUACGAAUGUGACCUCAAGGAGGACGGCACGCCAGGUGGCAGAGCCAUGAACGAGACAUUCAUUGUCAAGCAAUUCGCCGACUAUGCUCAACUGAUUUUCGAAGAAUUCAGCGAUAAGGUGAAGACUUUCGCUACAUUCAACGAGGCCUGGACUUUCACCUGGCUUGCAAGUGGUAAGGGUAAAGCGCCUGCUGUGCGUCCCUACCAGGAUUCUGAGGUGUGGCCGUACAUUGCCGGUUACAACGUUAUCCGCUCUCACUUGGCAGCUGUAAAAUUAUUCCGACAGAUGCAGAAAAAUGAUCCCAGUAUGGCCGAUUCUAGAAUCGGUAUCACCAACAAUUGCGACUGGCGUGAACCGAUGACCGACUCACCACAGGAUAUUGCCGCGAGCGAGCGCACUUUGGAGGCAUGGAUUGGUUGGUACACAGACCCCAUCUAUGGCGCGAACGGUGACUACCCCGAGUCCAUGAAGAAGAUGGUCGGUGACCGUUUGCCAGCCUUUACGGACGAAGAGAAAUCUGAGCUGAUGGUCAACAAACCAGACUAUUUCGGUCUCAACCACUACGGAACAUCCUUUGUACGCGAUUGCCCCGACUACGUUUGCGACCCACAAGAGACAAAUGGUGUGUGGAACACUGUGGAUGUUCCCGACUUUGUUAAUGCUGACGGUGCAAACUCUGUCCAAAUCCUGAACGACAAUCUAGCCGCUGGACAGUCUGCCUGGUUGUUUGGUGCUGCAUGGGGAUUCCGCAAACUGCUGAAUUGGGUGAGCAACCGAUAUGGCACUGAAUAUCCCAUCUACGUGACUGAGAACGGUUGGUCAGUACAGGCCGACACCGAACAUCAGGGCAAGUACGACACUGGACGUGUUCUGUUCUACUACAGCUAUCUUAACCAGAUGAGCAAAGCUAUCAGUGAGGACGGCGUGAACGUCGCUGGGUACUACGCGUGGAGUCUUAUGGAUAAUUUCGAGUGGGAGCGUGGAUACCAUGAGCGAUUCGGGGUGAUGUAUGAUGAGUUCAACUUCUGCCACGUGAAGGACAUUAAUAACCCUAACUGUGACCCCAACUCACCUACACCCGAUACACCCGUCUACGAUGCUGCCACCGGCGAUUCUUCGGCACUUUGUGGCAACACUUGUCUGUUCUCGGAACAGCCUGAUCCCUCAACAUCUAUCAACCAGACCCGCCAUCCCAAGAACUCGCUUCUAUGGUUGACUGAGGUGUGGAAGUCCCAGACAGUUGUGGACCCUGGAACUUACCUAUGGGCAACCAAGGCUUCCGACAUCUGCUAUGGACCUGAUGGCACCACCUACAACGGCAACUCGUGGAUGUACGUGUCCGACUGUAACUUCAACCCAAUCGAGGAGCGUCUCUAAAUAAGCGCUCAAGAAGUGGCCACCGCCAUUCAAAAGCAACACAGAGCAUGGCCGCCUUCGACAACAAAUGUGAGUAUCGAUCAUUUGUUUUUUAGUUAAUUUCAUAGCUAAAUAAAUAGAACAUAUUUAAAUAAAAAAAU